GCGGCGAGCGGUGGCGGGAACCGGCCCCGGAGGCUCCGGAAGGCCCGAGGCGGCUGCGCCCGCUCCCGGAGCUCGUGCUCGGGCCGCCCGCUGGGCCCCCACAGAACUGGGUCCGGGGCCGCGGCGGCCGUGGCGAACCGGCGGCGAGCGGGGCCUGAGAGCGCGCGGCCCCUCGGGAGCCGGGCCGGCUUGGUCCGGGUCGGGUCGGGUCUCGGGGCUCCGGAACCCGCGUUCCCCGCGAGCGGCCCGGGUCGCAGGUCACCGCUCCGGGCUGGCGCUGGCCGGUGACGCUAGACCGGGUUCCCACGUGGGCGCUGCUGACAUCGGUUCCGAGGUUUUUGCCGGUGACGCUGGCCAGUGGCACCCCCGGUUGUGACAACUCUCACUUGUCCCCGGGGGCGCGCGCCCAGGAGCCGACGGUUGGUGGAAGGUGUCAGACGCUGCAGGCCUGUGCUGCGGGAUGGACCCUGCCCGCUCCGAGGUCCGGCUCGCUGUCCAGGAGGCCGUGCACACCCUUUCGUCAUCUGAGGAUGGUGGUCACAUCUUUUCCACCCUGGGGUCCCUGAAGCGGUAUCUCGGUGACACGGAGAGCCCGGCCCUCCCCAGGGAGAAGGAGGAAUUUGCCACAGUGCACUUCUCCGCGGUUCUCAGAUGUCUGGCGGGCGUGCUGAGCCCGGGCUGGCUGGAGCUGUUGCCCGACGGCCGGCUGGAGGAGCUGUGGGCCAGCUUCUUCCUGGAGGGCCCCGCUGACCAAGCCUUCCUGGUGCUGAUGGAGUCCAUUGAGGGCACUGCAGGCCCCAGCUUCUGUCUGAUGAGGAUGGCACAGCUGCUGGCCGAGUUCCUGAGGGUGGGCAGGAUGGCAGCUCUGAUGGAGGCACAGUGUCGGCAGCAGACAUUGCCCGGCUUCCCCCUGCUCCGUGAGACGCUGCUCAGCGGGGUGGUGGGCCUGCCCGAUCGCCUGGGCAACCGUCUGCAGCGGGGGAGCCUGGCCGAGUUCCUGCCGCAGAACUACUUCCCUCUGCUUGGCAAGGAGGCUGUCCGCGUGCUGCAGGCCGUCGUGGACUCUCUCCGAGGUGGCUUGGACUGCUCCGUCUCCUUUGUGUCUCAAGUCCUGGGGAAAGUCUGUGUCCGCGGGAGACGGCAGGAGACUCUGGGCGUGCUGGUGCCUGGGCUGACCGCGCUCACCGAGGGCAGCUGCCUCUGGCAGCGGGUCUCCUGGCGCCUGGUGGAACAAGUGCCGGACCGGGCCAUGGAGGCCGUGCUGACAGGGUUCGUGGAGGCCGCUCCAGGGCCUGAAGUCCUGUCUCGGCUGCUGGGGAACCUGGUGGUGAAGAAUAAGAAAGCCCAGUUUGUGAUGACCCGGAAGCUUCUGUUCCUGCAGUACCGACUCACGACUCCUGAGCUGCAGAGCCUGCUGGGGUACCUAGCCAUGGACAGCCAACGGCGCCCGCUCCUCCUGCAGGUGCUGAAGGAGCUGCUGGACACAUGGGGCAGCAGCAGUGCCGUCCGGCACACGCCCCUGCCGCAGCAGCGCUACAUCAGCAAGGCCGUGCUCAUCUGCCUGGCGCAGCUGGGGGACGCGGAGCUGCGGGACAGCCGGGACGAACUGCUGGCCGGCAUGAUGGUGGGCGUGAAGUGCCGCCUCGACAGCAGCCUGCCCGCCGUGCGCCGCCUGGGCAUGAUUGUGGCCGAGGCCAUCAGCGCCCGCGUCCACACGGAGGGGCCUCCCCUGAGGUUCCAGUAUGAAGAGGACGAGCUGAGCCUGGAGAUGCGGGCCUUGGUUACCCCCCGGCCGGCAGGCGACGGCGUCCUGGAGGCGGGAAGCCCAUCCUUGGCUCCAGCCCCUGCAGAGACCCCUACAGAGACCCCCGCAGAGACCCCAGGGGCACCGCUGGAGGGCUCCGACUCGGAGCUGGACAGUGACGAUGAGUUUGUCCCCUACGACAUGUCAGGAGACAGAGAGCUCAAGAGUGGCAAGGCGCCUGCAUAUGUCCGGGACUGCGUGGAAGCCCUGACCACGUCUGAGGACGCGGAGCGCUGGGAGGCAGCCCUGCGGGCCCUGGAGGGCCUGGUCUGCAGGAGUCCCGAGGCCACCCGGGAGGUGAGCGUGGAGCUGGCCAAGGUGCUGCUGCACUUGGAGGAGAAGACCUGUGUGGAGGGAUUUGAGGGGCUGCGCCAGAGAGCCCUGGUGGCUGUCACUGUCACGGACCCAGCGAGGGUAGCCGAGUAUCUGACCUCGCAGUUCUACGCCCUGAACUACAGCCUCCGGCAGCGCAUGGACAUCCUGGACGUCCUGACCCUGGCUGCCCAGGAGCUGUCUCGGCCUGGCCGCCUCGGGAGAGCUCCGCAGGACGGUCACCCUCGUCCUGGCCCCUGCUGCUCGCCGCCCCUGACCACCUCCCGGCCUGGCAGCGCCGCGGCUCCCGACUGGCGGGUGGCGGUGGAGGAGCGGAUCAGAAGCAAGACCCGGCGGUUCUCCAAGGGCGCUCCCCGGCUGGUCCCCACGGGUGGUCCCAAUGCCUUCAACUCCGUGGCCGGCUCCUUCUUCUUUCCCCUCAUUCAGCACUUCGACAGGCCUCUGGUGACCUUCGACCUGUUGGGAGAUGACCAGUUGGUUCUGGGGAGACUGACUCACACCUUAGGGGCCAUGAUGUACCUGGCCGUCAAUACCUUGGUGGCUGUGCCCAUGGGCAAGGCCCUGCUGGACUUCGUGUGGGCCCUUCGUUUCCACGUUGAUGCCUACGUGCGCCGGGGCCUGCUGUCUGCCGUGUCCUCCGUCCUGCUCAGCGUGCCUGCCCAGCGGCUGCUGGAGGACCUGCCGGGCGAGCUGCUGGAGGCCAGGUCCUGGCUGGCAGACGUGGCCGAGAAGGACCAGGAUGAGGACUGCAGGGCGCUGGCGCUGAAGGCUCUGCUGCUUCUGGAGAGACUCAAGGACAAGCUCCUCCCGCCGUCGCCUUAGCCCCUGUGCCUUUCCCCAGCCCGCGGCCCCAAACAGGAGGCCCGAGGAGUGGAGCGGAGCAGAGGACCUGGGCAGACGUGGAGGCUUUGCAGCGCGGCCAGGUCUGGAGCGGCAGCCGGUGCCGAGCGUGCAGAUGGGGAAGGCCCGCAGCCCCUGCCUGCACCCCCGCCGCUAUUUUUAGCCCGGCAAGUCUGAGUGUUCGGCUAAAAAUGCACAAGGGCUUGGGGCUGCCGUCACAGCACACAGCAACCUGAAUGAAUGCUGGGGCUGGGGGCGUUGGCAGGAGUUGACCCCUGCAGUGAGGGGAGAAUCGGGGAGCAGCAGCGGAGGAUGGUGGGAGCUGCUGCUUAGGGCCCCAACGCUCGCGCAGGAGCCAGCAGGAAGGGCACACCCCUGUGGCUUUCGCAUGGCCUCCGGACGUUGUGUCCCCCGAACAGUAAAGAGCAGCAGGUGCCCGA